AUGGAAGAAGAUACUGGUAGUGAGGAAACCCAACCGUUACCGCUACAACCUCAACAGACUUCUUGGUUUAGUUGGUGGGGGAAUAAUAAUAAUAAUAAUAAUCAUAAAACCGACGAUUUAAAUAUGGGUAACAAUGAUGAAGAUCGAUCUAAUGAAACACACAAUAAUGAGACUGCCAAUAACAAUAACGGAUGGUACGCAGGGUUAGUGUCUACUGUAAACGCACUUCCUAUUCCGUCCCUUCGAAGUCAUAUACAAUCAGUAAAUGUAGAUGACUCAACAAGGUACUCCCAAUUAGAUGUCGAACAAAUAGAAUUUUUAGAAAACGAAGCUAAAAGUGUUAUCUUACAACAUUCACAUUCUUGGUGUUGGUUUGAAGAUCUAACUAAACUGGAUAAAGAUUUACAAAGUUGGACAGAAAGACCAGGUGUAGCGAGCGUAUACGACACAGGGUCCGGCAGAUGUCCUUUACCAUUGCCUAAAUAUCCUAUGGAUACACAUCCUGGUUAUCAUGUUUAUAUAAAAAAUUCACUAUUACUACCUCAGGAAUCACCGUCAGAAAUAUACCAUACCGAACCCCUUCGUACUAAAAUUGCAACAGGAUUUAAAGAUUAUUAUAAUUUUCCUAAUGGAAAUCAUUUAUAUUUGAAAGAGUCUAGAGACCAUUUAAUAAAAGAGAGAAAAAUUAUUAUUAUUAGUGUUGUUGGGUGGUUACCUGAAAAAUAUGAAAAAUUAACAUUAGGUGAACAAAGAACUGCACAAUAUUUUUCUAAGAAAUUAGCCCAGUCUUUAAAGCAUGAAUCUCCAUCCGAAAUUUUAUCCUUAUCAUUUGAGUGUCCCUUAGAUAGUAAAGAAUUGAAUGAAGUUUUCGAUGAAUGUACUCUAUUAUUGAGACAUUGGGAACACAUAUUUAAGGAUGUAGAAGCAAUUUAUUUCGUUGGUGUUUAUCAUAGUGUACCAUUAAUAAUACCUUUAGCAAAAUAUAUUCUAAGUCAAAAUGAAAAAUUUAAAUUUGAUAAAAAAGCAUAUGUAGGGAUGCUGGCCAUCGAAUCAUGCUUUCAAGGUUACAGAUUCUGGGAUCAUAGUAUAGAUAGUAGCCAAACCACCGAUACUGAUAAUAUCACUGCAGAAAAUGAUUAUAGUAAGAUGCAGAAGAAUAAAGAACGUAGUUUAUUUCAGGGACUUCAUAAAAAUGAACAAGAUAUUCUUUCAAAGAUUAAAAAUUAUAGAGAUAUUGAUUCAGAAGAAUCAAAAUUAUUACAAGCGAAUCUGGAUUGGUUACUUUAUAAUUGGGAUUCUUUCCGUUUAUCAAUGGUUGGGAAACUUUACGAUAAUUUUAUGACAGUUACACAAAAAUUAGCCAUUGAUUAUUUUCACCCAAAGAUAAUUAGAAACGUAUGGGUUGAUGGCCAAUACUUUGAUCUAGACUCUAGACAACCAGAGGAGCUACAUUUACCAGAUUAUAUUAUGAAGACUCCACGAUUUGAAUACGAUUUAACGAUUCCUGAUAGAAGAAAAUUUGAAAUAUCGUUAAUCGAUAAUUUUUUACUUACUCAAAACAUGGGAAGGCAAGAAUUUGUCUCCAUUCUAAAAUUAAUUAGUCCCUUUUUCAUUUCGAGGUCAUACAAUCCGAAUACAGUUACACCAUCACUUAAAAAGCAAAGGACUGCAACAACAAAACAAUGGUUUCAACAAAUGGAGGCUAAGUGGAACACAAUUGAACCAACUUUUGAAGGUAAUUUUUCAUUCAAUGAAUUACCUGAGAGUAUAUCAACUAUUCACAAUUUCUUAGAAUACACGCAAUAUCUAACAAUGAAAUCACCAGAACUGUUUCAAACAUACAGUGAAAUUUAUGAUGAUGAUCUCAUCUUUAAAAAUUUUAUUGAAAAUACUUUAUUAACUAGGAAGCCGCUCACGAAUAAACACCUAGUGGUAUUAAGAGACAAUCUGAACCCUACAAGUAUCUUAAAUACUGUUAAUCAAUACGAUCUAGUAUGGAAGUUUCAUGAAUCUCUUUGUAAUUUUAUCAAGAUAAAAAAUGUUCCUAUUCAGGAUUAUCCCAAAUGUCUGCAUUUUACUAUUUCUUUAGAUAGCAUUCUAUGGAGAACAAUAUACAAUGACCCAAAGAGGUUCGAAAGGAACAAUAAAGAAGCAAUACAUAGGUUGAAACAAUUACUCGAUGCAUACCAAACAUGGGAUCCACCAACAAAGGGACUUGUCCAUCUGAAGAACGUCCUGAGUGUUUUAUCCUCUUACGACAGUGUCCGUUUGCUUAUUGAAGAUAUCCAAACUUGA